GAUGCGAUCAAGCCAUCACUGGUAUUCUCACUAGUAGCGUCAUAUCAUCUGGUUUGUGACCCGACUCCUCAAUUGUCUUCUAUAACUUGAGCAGAGGGUUCCGGAUAGACUAGCUAGGUUUUGGCCCGCUGCACUCAGUAACCAACCAAACUCACAGGCAGAUAUCAGAUAAAAAUGGCGUCAGCAAAGGAUGGGACAUCGGCUGGGAGCUUAAAAGCAAACAUUGGAGUUUUUACAGACCCCCAACACAACCUCUACAUCGCCGAUGCCUUACCAUCAGUUGAGGAAGUUUGGAAGCCCGAAAGUCUGCAGCCUGGAGAGGCCAUAGUUCGGAUCAGAAGCACGGGCAUUUGUGGGUUUGUGGCUCCCUCUAGGAACAAUUAUUUCGUCAUGAAAAAUGACCCUCUCGCAGGUCUGAUGUCCACUUCUGGCGCGCGGGGUUCAUCGGCCCCAUGGUAGUGGAGGGAAAACAUAUUCUCGGCCAUGAAGCUGCUGGAGAGGUGAAGGGUAUUGGUUCUGCAUAUCUCUAUCCGUAGCACUAAUAUUUGGCAGAUUCUUUCCGUGCACCCAAGUGUAAAACAUCUAAAGCCUGGUGAUCGUGUGGCGGUGGAGCCCAAUAUCCCGUGCCAUUCUUGCGAGCCCUGUUUGACCGGUCGGUAUAAUGGAUGUGAACAUAUUCUCUUCUUAUCAACACCACCUGUCCCUGGCCUCCUGCGUCGCUACGUCACUCAUCCCGCGAAAUGGUGCCACAAGCUUCCACCAAGCAUGUCUUAUGAGGAUGGUGCUCUCCUGGAGCCUCUGUCGGUCGCACUAGCCGCAAUCGAUCGCUCAAGACUCAAACUGGGCGAUUCGGCGAUUAUAUGUGGCGCAGGACCUAUCGGCCUAAUCACCCUUCUUUGCGCAAAGGCGGCUGGUGCCGAACCAAUCCUCAUCACUGAUAUCGAUCGGGGCCGCCUUAGUUUUGCGCAGGCACUCGUCGCAGACUCGCCAGGUGUUCUAUGCACGUACCUUGUGCAGCGCGGGAGAUCCGAAGAGGAAUUAGCGGCAGGAAUGAAGGAGGCAUUGGGGAUGGAAGCCGACGUUGUCCUAGAAUGCACAGGUGUCGAGAGCUCCAUUGGUGCAAGCAUUCAUGCCGUCCGCUUUGGUGGAACGGUGUUUGUUGUUGGUGUUGGAAAGAGCGAGAUGAAAUUCCCUUUCAUGAGGCUGAGCACCCGGGAGGUCGACAUGAAGUUCCAAUACCGGUACUGCAACACGUGGCCCAGGGCAAUCAGGCUCGUAGACAGCGGGGUCCUAUCAAACAUCCGCAAGCUAGUCACACACAGGUUCGCCAUGGAGGAUGCGGUAGAAGCAUUUAAGACGAGCGCAGAUAUUAAGAGUGGGGCUAUCAAAGUGCAGAUUAAAAACAGUGAUUAGGCUGUUGGCGGUGUUGUGGACGCAUGGGGGUGUUGUUUAUUUAAUAUUGGGAGCAAUGCCGGGGCCAUUUCUCCGGAUGCAUCAUUGACAUGCAUUCUAAGAACCUUUAUCCGGGAACGGAGUUUUAUGCAAAUCUCGCGGCUUGUCAAUGAACCCAGCCUUUAGGCGUGAGGUUCCCUUCCUCCCCUUUUACCGUGGCUCGCACGACAAGCCAUGAUUGUCAGGUACUGCGCUGUAUCCAGGUGGGUGCCGAUACAAAACCUAUCCCUCGAGUCCGCGUUUCGGCUGUAAAAUGCCUCGAACCUGAUUCAACACCCGGGGACAACAUUUACCCCUGAACAGCCCCCCCAAGCGGCGAAGUGCUGUAACAUCCAUCGAAUCCCUGAAAUGAGCAUGGCAUCUUCUCCCUCUGCUACAGUAUCAUACGUGUGCGAUGUAUCAGACAGUUUGACGGUACCGUAUCACAGAACCAACCUACCGUACCGUAAUUCAUUACAACUACCGUAAAGGGAAGGGAUAUAUAAAAAAUAAAAAAUAAAAAAUAAAAAUAAAAACUCUUGAAAUCCACAAUCCCGGCAGCAGGGGUUAAUCCCUGUCCACUCGCGAUAGGCUUACCGGUAGUUUGACAGGCCAACAGAAUCGCGAAUACAUAGCGUUACCGGUUAAAAAUGAGGUCCAGCCCGCGAUUAAACACUUGGGCUCUACCUGUAUAAGCCCAAUUCACACCGAAUAUCACCCAUU